AUGUCACACACAACUCAAUCUCAGACCAACAUCACUGCUGGACAGCAGUAUCAAGGCUUACUGGAAAGAGUGUUAUUUUCCGCUGUGACUACAGUACCAUGCUGUGUGUUUCUCUUCAUUAAUUGGACCAUGUUAUUCACCUUGAGGAAUAAAUUGGUGUUUCGUGAGACCUCCCGUUACAUUCUUCUGUUUAACCUCCUUUUUGCAGACACUGUACAGAUGGCACUGAGUCAGUUACUGUACCUCCUGGCUGCUUAUAGAGUAAAACUGACAUAUCCUGUAUGUGGCGUUCUCGUCAUGUUGGCCUAUCUCACAAUAGUAAUCUCCCCUCUCACACUGGUGGUGAUGUCUCUGGAGAGAUAUGUGGCUGUGUGCUACCCACUGAGGCACGCUACCAUCAUCACCAUCAGAAACACAGCAGUGGCUAUCAUUGUGGUUUGGUCCUUCAGUUCACUACAUGUCCUCACACAAGUUAUUUUACUGUUAGAUUUUCCAUAUGACAACCUGGAGAGCCUGCAGAUGGAAAAGUAUUGUGCCAAACUAAACAUACUUCUUGGCCCAAUUUCUGGUCUUUAUGAUAAAGCCUACACUUAUUUUCUGUUUGUAUCAGCUGGUUUAGCAGUCAUUUCUUCCUAUAUAGGUGUGAUGAUAGCAGCCAGGUCAGCCUCCACAAACAAAGCUUCAGCCCAGAAGGCUCGUAAUACUCUGCUGCUGCAUCUGGUGCAGCUGGGCCUCAGUCUCUUGUCAACUAUACACCACUCUUUCCUUGUAGCCAUGUCAAAAAUUGUUACGAGGAUCGUGUUUGUGCGCAUCCAGAUUGUUUUUUAUGUGCUUAUUUUCAUCUUCCCCAGAUGUCUGAGUUCUCUCAUUUAUGGCAUAAGAGAUCAGAACAUCAGACCUGUCCUCGUGUACCAUCUAUGUUGUCGACUGAAACUCUCAGUCGCCCCGGCCAAGGCCAAGGUCUCACCCUAGAUUUCAUGAAAUGAGUUGAGCUUUGUAUUUUCCUGUAAAUGUAGUGUGUGUAUAUAUAUUAUCAUAUGUCUCACCUUAGCAUACAUGGAAUGAACUCUAUAUGUUUGAUGUUUGUUAAACUCAUGCUGUCAUCUGA